GACUGUGGGGUUGCCUGCCUUCUGCUCCCUGCCACCAUCCUCCUUCCUGGGCCCCAGGAAAGUGCUUCCAGGAGGGCAGGAGGACUGGCAGCUGAACACCCUUGCAGUGUCCGAGGGCCACUGGGCUGGUGUUUUGUGACCCUUCCCUGUUGCUGUCCCUGCGUCUCAUCUGUGUGCCCAGGGUGUCCGGGAACUCUGCCUGGCUGGCUCAAGGGGGCUGGAUCAGGGGCCUGUCAUGAACCCGGCCUCCCGGGGAGCUGAGACUAGGGUCCCAGCACAGCCCAGAAGCCUUUGGCCACAAGAGGUGGGGUCAGUUAGGGCUGGGCAGGGGUCACUGCAGUUUGGUAUGGUUGAAUGCUGUAUUUUCUAAAGAAUAAAAUAUUUUUAAAUCAAGACUUGCUUUUGGCCCUGAAACCGCCUCUGGCCCUGGGAGUUGGGCAGCCCUGUGCAUAUAACUGUCCUCUCCCAACAGGAGAGAGGGGACUGCCGGCCUUCAAGGUGGAGCCCUGGCACUCUGCCUCCAGCUGUAUGGGAGAGGCUGUGUCUGUAGGGGGAGGGGCGCAGCCUUGCUCCAGUCUCCCGGUCAGCAGGAGCCUGCCUGAGAGGCAGGCGCGCCUCCAUCGUGACAUGGGGGACCUGGGUAUGUUCAUUUGCUGUGGCUGCUGUAACAAAUUUCCACCAACUUAGUGGCUUAGAAGAAACCCAAGUGUAUCCUCUUAUAGUUCUGGAAGCUGGAAGACUGAGAUGGGUCUCACUUCCAAAGUGGAGGUGUUGGCAGGGCAGGCUCUGUCUGGGCCCUGUGGGAGAACCUGUCUCCUGGCCUUUUCUGGCUUUCAGAAGCUGUCUGGCUUCCUUGGCUUGGGGCCGCUUCGUCCACCUUCAAAGCCAGAGGUGACAUCUCUGAUUCUGCUUCCCUCGGCCUCCAGGCUCCCAUGGCCUUUUGGAGUUGAAUCUCCCUCCAUCUCCAUUUCAUGAGGGACUUUGUGAUUGCAUUCACCCUCCCUACCGCCACUACCUUCCCACCUCAAGGUGGGUAACUUAAUCACAUCUUUGAGGUCCUUUUGGCCACACUCCAUGUGGGGUGUUAGGGUCAUGUGUUGGCAGGUUUGGGGAAUUAGGGCAAGGAUCUCUGAGAGGGGCUUUAUGCAGCCUCCUGCAUGGGAUAAGGGCCCCUCCCUGAAGGUCCCAGCCUCCCUGGGCUGAGGCCAGGACAGCUGUUUCUGUGGACAUUGGUAUCGGUGUCUCCAGGCUGAGUGUGUCCAUGUGCAUGGGUCUGUACAUGUGUGUGCAGACCCCGCUGUCAGCCUACUGGCCUCUCUGGUUUUCUGCCUCCAAGGGAGGCAGGACCACUGCUGGGUAUGGGAAUCUGGAUCCCUGGUCCGAGGGACUCUGGGAGAGUCUUGGGCUUGGGGUUCCACAGGAGCCAAAACUUUGGUGUGUGCCUGCAGGGCAGGACAGUCAGAAAGGUGGAUGGAUGGAAUGAAUGCAGGCGCCUCCCACCCCAGGCAGGCAGGGGCGGACACGUGGGGUGAUGCCUGCAGCCCAGCUGCUGAGUGGGCACUGCCCUCCCUCCUGGCUCAGGGCAGCGUUCUAUCCCUGGCACCUUUCUGAGCCCUUGCUCAAGCCCCUAGAAUUGUAGAGAGGAUAGCCCAAACCCUAGCUAGGACCCAGAAGAGGGCUGUCCUUGCCCAGCCUAAACACUGGCUCCCAGGUGGGCAGGAAGACGAUGCCAUCACCCCUGCCUUGGAGACUGCCUGUCAUGACACCCAGCCAGAGUGGGCCUGGGGGGAGCGGGCUGGCAGGUGUACAGCCUGCCUCCUCCCAGCAGCAACCCCAUUUGUUCAUUCAUUCAGCCUUCACUCAGAAACACCCUCUCUGCCUGCCCAGAGCUGAUUGCUGGGUACUCAUAAUUCAGCAGAUAUCAAGCACCUACUAUGUGUUGGGCACUAUACUGGGUCCUGGGGAUGCAGACAAAAGAUCACUUCCCUCAAGAGGCUGACAUUCCAGCAGGGGAAUAAGGCAAUAUACAAUGAACUAUGAAAGAUCAAUGAUCCGGUGUGCUAACAGAAAAUGUUAGGUCAAGAGAAACACAGCGGGCAAAAGAGCUCAGGCUGCUAGACCUGGAGUGGGAGGUUUGUAAGAAGACUGCGUGGUCCUGUUGAGAGGGUGACAUGGAAGCAGAGACACAGUGGAGGUGAAGGAGGGGCCGUGUGAGCCUCGGGAGAGCUUCCAGGCAGAGGGAGCAGCACAUCCCAAGGCCCCCAGGCAGGAGAGUGCCGGGGGCUACUCAGUGAACUGCAAGCAGGCUAGUGUGCCUAAGAGGCAGGUGUGCCAGCAGAGGCAGGUCCCACAGGGCCUUGUUGGCCAUCCGUGGACUGUGGCCUUGACUCCUGAGGCAGCCAGGGAGGGGUCUGAGCAGAGGAGGGACCCAGUGUGACUUAUGUUUGAACAGGUCCCUCCAGGGGUUGAAUAUGACCAGCUGUGGGUGGAGAGUAGGGCAGGACAGCCAGAAAGGCAGUGGCACCCGCGUGGUCUGGGAGAGAGGAUGGGGUCUGGUCGACAUGGGGGGUGGCGGGCUGUGGGCACAUCCUUCAGCAUGGUGGAGCCAGCAGGACUUGCUGAGGGGCCUGGGGUCACCCAAGGCUUUGGGUCCAAGGAAUCUGAGUUCUGUCACCUAGGUCAGAAGGACUGUGAGAAGCACUGCUGGGGAGGACCAGCUGGGAGCCCCGCUGGGCCAGUGCACACCUGGCCUCUAGGAGCCCCGUCUGGAGUGACGUGGUGUGUGCUCUGAUGGGACCGCAGGGGCUCUGGGAAUGCAGAGGAGGAGGUCUUGUUUCCGGAAGAGGUUGCAAGGCUGUGGUGAAGGCAGGUGCACCCCAGCCUCCUGCUUAAGCUACACCCCAGCCCUCUGAGCACGAGGCUCUGCAGAACUCAAAAUGGUGCCCACGAGGGCAGGAAAGGACAAGUCGGGAGCCACUGUCCUGAGGGCACCAGCUGUGGUGCAGGAGCCAAGGCCUGAGGGUGAAAGAGUCCUCUGAGAAUGGGGAGGGCCCAGCACAGGUGUACCCGCUACUGCUGCUACCCGAACUCCCAUCUCUCCUUGCUUUCUGCCUGGGCUCGGGCCUUAGCUUCACCCUGGGCUUGGUGGAAGACAGGUGUGCAGCCCUCAUGGGAUGUAGGCUGUCUGAGGGGGGAGUGGAAAGAGGAAGGGGUGAAGGGGCUGUCUGCCAUUUGACUAUGCAAAUGGCCUUUGACUCAUGGGACACUGUCCUCACUGUGGGGAGGGUGGAGUGGAGGGGGAGCUACUUGGCUGGGGUAAAAGUCUCACUUCCUCUAUUCUCUGAGCCACUGCUGCCCCUGUGGGAAGGGACCUUGAACGUGAAGCAUCCUUCCCUGCAGCUGCUGUCCAGUCUGCCCGCCACCCUCUGGAGAAGACCCUGCUCCCCAGCAUGGGAUUCUGCCGCAGCGCCGUGCACCCGCUGUCUCUCCUGGUGCAGGCCAUGGUGCUGGUCAUGACCCUGGCCCUGGGUACCUUGCCUGCCUUCCUACCCUGUGAGCUCCAGCCCCAUGGCCUGGUGAACUGCAACUGGCUGUUCCUGAAGUCGGUGCCCCACUUCUCCGUGGCAGCACCCCGGGGCAAUGUCACCAGCCUUUCCUUGUCCUCCAACCGCAUCCACCACCUCCAUGAUUCUGACUUUGCCCAUCUGCCCAGCCUGCGGCGUCUUGACCUCAAGUGGAACUGCCCGCCGGUCGGCCUCAGCCCCAUGCACUUCCCCUGCCACAUGACCAUUGAGCCCAACACCUUCUUGGCUGUGCCCACCCUAGAGGAGCUAAACCUGAGCUACAAUAGCAUCACGGCUGUGCCUGCACUGCCCAAAUCCCUCGUGUCCCUGACCCUCAGCCACACCAACAUCCUGGUGCUAGACUCUGCCAGCCUGGCUGGCCUUCAUGCCCUGCACUUCCUAUUCAUGGAUGGCAAUUGUUACUACAAGAACCCCUGCAGGCGGGCACUGGAAGUGGCCCCGGAUGCUCUCCUUGGCCUGGGCAACCUCACCCACCUGUCGCUCAAGUACAACAACCUCACCAUGGUGCCCCGCAACCUGCCUUCCAGCCUGGAGUAUCUGCUGCUGUCCUACAACCACAUUAUUAAACUGGCGCCUGGGGACCUGGCCAAUCUGACCGCCCUGCGUGUGCUCGAUGUGGGCGGAAAUUGCCGGCGCUGCGACCACGCUCCCAACCCCUGCAUGGAGUGCCCUCGUCACUUCCCCCAGCUACACCCCGAUACCUUCAGCCACCUGAGCCGUCUUGAAGGCCUGGUGUUGAAGGACAGUUCUCUCUCCUGGCUGAAUGCCAGUUGGUUCCAUGGGCUGGGAAACCUCCGAGUGCUGGACCUGAGUGAGAACUUCCUCUACGAAUGCAUCACCAAAACCAAGGCCUUCCAGGGCCUGACACAGCUGCGCAAGCUCAACCUGUCCUUCAAUUAUCAAAAGAGGGUGUCCUUUGCCCACCUGUCUCUGGCCCCAUCCUUCGGGAGCCUGUUCUCACUGGAGGAGCUGGACAUGCACGGCAUCUUCUUCCGCUCGCUCGAUGAGACCACGCUCCGGCCGCUGGCCCGCCUGUCCAGGCUCCAGACUCUGCAUCUGCAGAUGAACUUCAUCAACCAAGCCGAGCUCGGUAUCUUCGGGGCCUUCCCCGGCCUGCGCCAUGUGGACCUGUCGGACAACCGCAUCGGUGGAGCUUCAGAGCUGGUGGCCACCACAGGGGAGGCGGACGGUGGGGAGAAGGUCUGGUUGCAGCCCGGGGACCUUGCUUUAGCCCCAGUGGACACUCCCAGCUCUGAAGACUUCAUGGCCAACUGCAACACCCUCAACUUCACCUUGGACCUGUCGCGGAACAACCUGGCGACCGUGCGACCGGAGAUGUUUGCCCGGCUCUCGCACCUGCAGUGCCUGCGCCUGAGCCACAACUGCAUCACGCAGGCGGUCAAUGGCUCGCAGUUCCUGCCACUGACUGAUCUGCGCGUGCUGGACUUGUCGCACAAUAAGCUGGACCUGUACCACGAGCACUCAUUCACGGAGCUACCGCGACUGGAGGCCCUGGACCUCAGCUACAACAGCCAGCCCUUUGGCAUGCAGGGUGUGGGUCACAACUUCAGCUUCGUGGCCCACCUGCGCACUCUGCGGUACCUCAGCCUGGCCCACAACAACAUCCACAGCCGAGUGUCCCCGCAGCUCUGCAGCACCUCGCUGCGGGCCCUGGACUUCAGCGGCAAUGCGCUGGGCCGGAUGUGGGCCGAGGGAGACCUCUAUCUGCACUUCUUCCAAGGCCUGAGCGGCUUGAUCUGGCUGGACUUGUCCCAGAAUAGCCUGCACACCCUCCUGCCCCGUACCCUGGGCAACCUCCCCAAGACCCUGCAGGUGCUGCGUCUCCGUGACAAUAAGCUGGCCUUCUUUAAGUGGAGGAGCCUCGCCCUCCUGCGCAAAUUGGAAGCCCUCGACCUGGCAGGAAACCAGCUGAAGGCCCUGACCAACGGCAGCCUGCCUGCCGUGACCCAGCUCCGGAAGCUGGACGUCAGCGGCAACAGCAUCAGUUUCGUGGCCCCGGGCUUCUUUUCCAAGGCCAAGAAGCUUCGAGAGCUCAACCUCAGUGCCAACGCCCUCAAGACAGUGGACCCCUCCUGGUUUGGGCCCCUGGUGGGUGCCCUGAAAAUACUAGAUGUGAGCACCAACCCUCUGCACUGCGCCUGUGGGGCGGCCUUUGUGGACUUCUUGCUGGAGGUGCAGGCUGCGGUGCCUGGCCUGCCCAGCCGGGUGAGGUGUGGCAGUCCCACCCAGCUCCAGGGCCAAAGCAUCUUCGCACAGGACCUGCGCCUCUGCCUGGAUGAGGCCCUCUCCCGGGACUGCUUCAGCUUCUCGCUGCUGGCUGUGGCUCUGGGCCUGGGGGUGCCCCUGCUGCAUCAACUCUGUGGCUGGGACCUCUGGUACUGCUUCUACCUGGGCCUGGCCUGGCUUCCCCGGUGGGGGCGGCGAGGUGGACGAGGUGAGGAUGCCCUGCCCUAUGAUGCCUUCGUGGUCUUCGACAAGGCGCAGAGCGCCGUGGCAGACUGGGUGUACAAUGAGCUUCGGAGGCAGCUGGAGGAGCGCCGUGGGCGCUGGGCACUCCGCCUGUGCCUGGAGGAGCGUGACUGGCUACCUGGCAAGACCCUCUUUGAGAACCUGUGGGCCUCGGUCUAUGGCAGCCGAAAGAUGCUAUUUGUGCUGGCCCACACGGACCGGGUCAGUGGCCUCUUGCGCGCCAGCUUCUUGUUGGCCCAGCAGCGCCUGCUGGAGGACCGCAAGGACGUCGUGGUACUGGUGAUCCUGAGCCCCGAAGGCCGCCGCUCCCGCUACGUGCGGCUGCGCCAGCGCCUCUGCCGCCAGAGUGUCCUCCUGUGGCCCCACCAGCCCAGCGGUCAGCGCAGCUUUUGGGCUCAGCUAGGCAUAGCCCUGACCAGGGACAACCACCACUUCUAUAACCGGAACUUCUGCCAGGGACCCACGACCGAAUAACCCUGAGCCAGAGUCCCUCACGGCACCGUCUCCGUGCUCACCGCACCUCGGUCUGCCUCACUUCUCCUCUGCUUGCCUCCCUCACCCACACCUGGCACAGAGCAGGCACUCAAUAAAUGCUGCUGAAGGCCA